AUGCUCGAGCUUUCCUUGGCCUACAUGACUUCGCUAGGUCAGCCGAAGAUGCGCAUCUCGCAACGCGUCGGUGCCACUAUGAGGCGGGCCUCGGUUUGUGAGGUUGUGUUUGGCAUCCGCUGGGACCCGGAGAGCCCAAUGCUGCUAUCUGAUCAGAAGCACAGAGUCUACAUCAUCUUCUACAACGCCGCACUGAUUCUCAAUCUCGUCAUGGAUAUCGCCCUCCAGGGUUAUCUCAGCUACCUUCAGAUGGUGGGUGUGGGCGCGCGCGUGGCAGACGGCCGACUCCUGGGCAGCCUGGAAAGCUUCCAGGAGAUUUUCGAGUCGUUCCCCAUGCAGAAGUCUGUGGGCAAGCUCUUGUUCAAGUACUGUUGGCCCUGUACCUUCCUGGUGCCCUUUGCGGUGGAGCCCUUCCUGGCGCAGCUAGGCCCUUACCACAUCGGCUCCCUGCUUAUCCGCAGCAAUGCGAGAGUCCGCGGGGAGAACGCAGAACGGGCCCUGGAGCUGUCCGAGAUGGAGCAGGGCAGAUACGCGGACGUAAUCUUCAACCUCAUCCUCGUUGCCUGCAUACCGUUCAUAGCGCCAGCCUACAUGGCGAUGACCUAUGGCACCUUCAUGCUGUCCCACUUGUAUAUCUACUGGUAUGACCACUGGAAGACCCUUCGAUGGGCACGGAAGUUCUACUUCUCCAGCGAUGAGGUGCACUGGUUCGGGCAGCAGCUGCUCAGCCUGCCGCUGGGGGUGCUUGCAGCAAGCGGCGUUUUCAAAUUCAACCAGAUGAGUGGAGGCGUGAAUGGAGGACUAGGCUCUGGAGUGCUCAAGGGGCCGGCGCUGUGGGGCGCGAUGGCUGGGGCCUUUACCCUCCACGUCAUCGUGCACCUCGCGCUGUUGAGCUUUGUCGUCAAGCCGAUGCGCUCAGACCCGGACAAGGCUGCCAACGAGGUGCCGUUUUCAAAAGUUGCAGAAGAGGAGGCGGCCACACACCUAUCGACGAAUCCCAUCCAGUGCCUGCGGUCCAAGUACAUCUUGGAGGACUCUCCGCCGCUCAGCCCCUUUGUGCUGGGCAAGGAGAAGGUGAUGAAGGCGAACCCAAAGCUCGGCGCCUACUUCGACGGCGAAGCGGACGCUGCGCAGAAGGUUUGGGAGAGCCGUGGCCUCAACUCCAUCCCAUUGCAAAACAGGGGCAUACUCAGACUCAGGCGAAAUGCAUAUUUUGGCAGCUGGAAAAACGAGCUGGACUAUGUCGUCGACGGCGAGCAGGGUGACAGCCAGGAGACAGGGCGACCUGGAAUGGGGAGCGGGCGCUUGGUGUGGAAUCGCUUUUCUGGAGACUGGACGGCGUUGCAUAUGAUGGCCACCGCGAAACACUAA